AUGUCUUCCCUCUCGUUCAACCACAAUUACUUCGGCUGCCUAGGAGGUGCUACUACAAAUCAAGCUUUAGUACUAUCUAGACCAGGAACAUCGUCGACGUCCCGCAGAACCUUGUUUUGGGGGCUCGGAACACUUGGGGCAAUUAUCGCCAGCGUGUUUCUCAGUCCCCUCAUGAUAAAUCAACAAUCAUCGCCUGAAAUAGAUCCUACAGAUUAUGCUGCCCGGACUAGACAUGUUCUCAGCACGACGCCUCUCAUCGAUGGUCAUAAUGACCUUCCCUACCUCAUACGCACAGAGCUUAAGCACCAGAUAUACAACGACAGAUUCACGUUCAAUACGGGCCUCUUGAGUAAUACUGAUCGCGAAAAGCUUCGCAGUGGCAUGGUUGGUGGACAGUUCUGGUCAGCGUAUAUUCAUUGUCCUAAAGAUGCUGCUACAAAAAACGAUGUGCCUUUGGAAGACCCUACAUGGACGCUUCGUGACACGCUUGAACAAAUCGACAUCACGAAACGUUUUGUUGCCGAAUAUUCGGAUCUUUUUCAUUACUGUACCAACUCAACUUGCGCACGGGAGGCAUUCGCCAACGGGAAAAUUGGCAGUUUCAUUGGCAUCGAGGGAGGUCAUCAGGUUGGUAAUUCGCUUGCGUCACUCCGACAACUGUAUGACCUUGGGGCACGAUACAUCACCACGACACACAACUGUGACAAUGUCUUCGGUACUGCUGCAAGUACCGUUAGUGCUGGCGGCGAAGAUAGAGGCCUCACAGCGUUUGGGGAGGAAUAUGUAGCCGAGAUGAAUCGCCUCGGUAUGAUGAUUGAUUUAUCGCACGUAUCACACGAAACGAUGCGGGAUACGCUUCGACUCAGUCAAGCGCCUAUCAUAUUUUCGCAUACUGGAGCUUAUGCCCUGUCCAAGGUCCUCAGGUUUGCUCCUGAUGAUGUUCUUCGGGAAACCGCUGAGAAGGGUGGGGUGGUCAUGAUAACCUUUAUCAAUCGCUUUCUACGACCGGACAGCCCUGAUGCUGCUACUAUCCACGACGUUGUCGACCAUAUCUGGCAUGUUGCCCAGGUGGCCGGAUGGGACCAUGUUGGCGUCGGCUCUGAUUUUGAUGGGACGCCUGUGACGCCCCGGGGAUUGGAGGACGUGUCCAAAUACCCUCGUCUCGUUGAAUUGCUGAUGGAACGAGGUGCGACGGAUGACCAAAUACGCAAGUUUGCCGGCGAUAAUAUACUACGUGUGUGGGAAGAAGUGGAACGCGUAGCUGAAAGAAUUCAAGCGUCUGGCACAAGGCCGAAUGAAGCAUUGUGGGAUGGGAGAACAUGGGUAAGGAGUGAGAUGAGUCCACCGACCAUGUUUCGAGAUAGCAUUGGAAAGAGGAUUCCUAGUUAUUUAGGACAGCCUUGA